AUGGUCAACUACGAAGCAUCAUCAUUUCAAGUCCAAGGAUUAGCGUCAAGUAUAUCAAAGAGAUUGUCCAGUGAAACCAACUCUUUACUAUUAAAUGCAAUUCCAACUGGAAGACAAGCCAAGAGACAUGCUCAACAAAUCAACUAUUCUGAAGAUUUCGUAGACGAUUUCGAAAUUGAAAACAGCCCUGGAGAUCUACCUUACAAUGGACAAGAGAGUGGUCGUAACUUGAAUGAAUCCAAAACUCAAGUAGAUGCCCAGAAAUAUGGACCCGCUAGAAAGACACCCAGAAUCAAAUCUCUUGAUGAUGAAUCCAACUUGAAUAGCCAAACGAAUAAACCAGAAACUUUGAUCCCUAUUAAAUUGAACUUGGAGAGUCCGGUUACAAGUCAUAAGGUCAAUGAUGUGUUUAUGUGGAACUUAAAUGAAACAUUGAUCACGCCCACUGAUUUCGCAGUAAUCUUGUGCAAUGAUCUUGAAUUGCCCAAUCAAAUGGUUACUCAAAUUGCAGACUCAAUAACUCAACAACUUGAAGAGUAUUCAUAUGCGUCAAACUUGACUAUUCCCAACAGCAAUCCAUGUAAUGUGAUUAUUGAUUUGUCAGUUAAUCUCAAUAAGCAAUUAUACCAAGACAGAAUAGAGUGGGAUUUGAAUCAGAACGAAAUUACACCAGAGAAGUUUGCUGAAAUUGUCGUUGCUGACCUUGGAUUGUCAUUGGAGUUCAAUUUGGCCAUAUCGCAUGCAUUGCAUGAAAUCAUUACUCGUGUCAAGAAGGAAAUCAUAGAGGGCUCAUUUAACAAUGAGAUUCACAAUUUGCAUUUGGUUAAGGGUAUCUUUUUUGAACAAGGCUUGCGUAUUUUCACUGAAAAUAGUGUCAAUAAUGGUAACGACCAUUGGGAACCAUCGGUUGAGAUUCUUAGCUCUAGUGAAAUUGAGAGAAGAGAGAAUGAGAGGAUUAGAAACUUAAGAAGACUUAAAAGAGAAAAUAUGAGACGUGAUUAUGAUGAUAAUAAGCGAAGAAAUGUCGGUAGAAGGAGACGCGGAGACGACGAUGAGUGGAGGUAG